CCACACAACAAAAGGAAACGGCGGUGUGAGGGCCCCCAGCGGAAGCUCAGCCUUAACCUUUGACCCUGCGCCGGAGCCACUUCCUCUUUCUUUGUGGGGUGCCUGAGGAGCGAUCGGGCGGAGGUAGCGGCCAUGCCAUCCCACAAAACUUUCAGGAUCAAGCGCUUCCUGGCCAAGAAGAUGAAGCAAAACAGGCCAAUUCCACAGUGGAUCCGCAUGAAAACCGGCAACAAGAUCAGGUACAACUCCAAGAGGAGACACUGGAGAAGAACCAAACUGGGCCUGUAAAAGAAUUCACUACUGGCACACAACCAUCAGCCAUCUUCCCUGAUCUCUUUCUUCUCCAGAGUCACGGAAGUAUGGAUUUGAACAAAGGUUGACCAAAUGCAAAUGCAAAUGCAAAUUUUUUUCCCCCAUGUUUCAUGUUUUCUGUUGUGGAAAAUAAAUAUUGAGGUUGCUA